AAAAAUAACACGCCAGGACACACUUUAACGGCGUGAAAGGGAAAGGCUGUCUCCUCUUCGUAUCCAAAUUUUUUUAUUAUUACUUACUCGUUCAUGUUGUACUGACUUGCCUCUCGUUUUUUUCCCUUUUCCUCCUCAUCUAUCACCUGCCACCCCCCAAAUAUCCCCAAACUCCUUUUUGGGAAAAACUUCUUACCUUCCUUCCUCAGGUUAUAUGACCUUUUCCUCUUCUUCUUCUUUACACUUCGUGGUGCAUUCCUUUGGGAUUGGGUUUUGAUUAGUGAUACUAUACUGUCUUCACUCAAUCCUCUCAUCUUUUUUUCUUUUUUCCUGAUCUGAGUACGCGGGCUUCUUUGAUAGCCCUGGCGGCUUCUUCCACGUUCCUGCUGUGCCCGCAACCCCUCCGCCAGCUGGCUUUGAAAUUCUUUGAAAGUCUCUGAUUCUUUGUCUUAUUUAAACUACGACCGCGCCGUUCGAACCCCUUCACCCUCUUGAGUUCGGCUGAUGUUUGCCACGUUGACUGAAUAGUAUACAAUCGUUCUGUUUGACGUUCCUCCGGCCCGGGGAUCCAUUACUCUCUUGUUUUUCUGAUACCCCUUUCCGUUUUGCCUUGCGUUCUGUUCCGCCCCUCCUCUGCACUUCUCUCUGCGAGUUCAGUUUGCGCAUUAGCAUCGGUUCGUGACCAUGGCCUAUCAACCGCCUGGUAAUAACAACGGUGCUCAGUCACCUAACUACAACGAUCCCGGCCAUCGCCUGGAAGACCUGCCCCAUGGUUCCAACUACGAAGAAGAAGCUUCGCGAGGAUUGCUUUCCAACCAACAGGGUGGUCCUUUCGGCGGUCCUUUCGAUGACCCUCAUCAGCGUGGCAAUUCGCCCGUGCGACCGACCUCGGGAUACAGCUUGACUGAGACGUAUGCUCCAGAUGCGGGGUUCCAAGAUCCUUACAACACGGCGGGCUCGGUUUACUCCGGCCACUCGGCAGAGAACCCCGCGGCGGCCUUUGGUGUACCGGGUCGUGUCGCUUCUCCCUAUGCCCGCAGCGAGACCUCCUCUACGGAGGCGUGGCGCCAGCGUCAGGCGCCAGGAGGUGCUGGCGGCGGUGGUCUCCGACGUUACGCUACCAGAAAGGUCAAGCUGGUCCAGGGUUCCGUCCUGAGUGUCGAUUACCCCGUCCCGAGCGCCAUCCAGAACGCCAUCCAAGCCAAGUACAGGAACGAUCUGGAGGGCGGUAGCGAGGAAUUUACCCACAUGCGAUACACCGCCGCAACCUGUGAUCCCAAUGACUUCACUCUGCACAAUGGCUACAAUCUGCGCCCGGCCAUGUAUAACAGACACACCGAGUUGUUGAUUGCCAUCACCUACUACAACGAAGACAAAACCCUCACGGCGCGUACCUUGCACGGUGUGAUGCAGAACAUUCGCGACAUCGUGAACCUCAAGAAGUCCGAGUUCUGGAACAAGGGUGGACCUGCGUGGCAGAAGAUUGUGGUCGCCUUAGUUUUUGACGGUAUUGACCCAUGCGACAAGGAUACUCUGGAUGUCUUGGCCACCAUCGGUAUCUACCAGGACGGUGUCAUGAAGCGUGAUGUCGAUGGUAAAGAGACCGUGGCUCAUAUUUUCGAAUACACGACACAAUUGUCCGUGACACCUAAUCAGCAACUGAUCCGGCCCACUGAUGACGGACCUAGCACACUGCCCCCCGUGCAGAUGAUGUUCUGUUUGAAGCAGAAGAACAGCAAGAAGAUCAAUUCGCACAGAUGGCUCUUCAAUGCCUUCGGCCGUAUCUUGAACCCGGAGGUUUGCAUUCUUCUGGACGCCGGUACGAAGCCCGGUCAAAGGUCGCUCUUGGCGCUGUGGGAGGGUUUCUAUAACGACAAGGAUUUGGGAGGAGCCUGCGGUGAAAUUCACGCAAUGUUGGGUAAGGGUUGGAAGAACUUGGUCAAUCCCCUGGUCGCCGCCCAGAACUUCGAGUAUAAGAUCAGUAAUAUCCUCGAUAAACCCUUGGAGAGUUCUUUCGGUUAUGUCAGUGUGUUGCCUGGCGCUUUCUCGGCCUAUCGCUUCCGUGCCAUUAUGGGCCGACCCCUCGAACAAUAUUUCCAUGGUGACCACACUCUCUCGAAGCAGUUGGGUAAGAAGGGUAUUGAGGGCAUGAACAUUUUCAAGAAGAAUAUGUUCUUGGCCGAAGAUCGUAUUCUCUGUUUCGAAUUGGUCGCUAAAGCUGGCUCCAAGUGGCACUUGUCCUAUGUUAAGGCCUCCAAGGGUGAAACUGAUGUGCCAGAAGGUGUUGCGGAAUUCAUUUCUCAACGUCGUCGUUGGUUGAACGGUUCUUUUGCUGCCGGUCUUUAUUCGCUUAUGCAUUUCGGUCGGAUGUACAAGAGUGGACAUAACAUCAUUCGUAUGUUCUUCUUGCACAUUCAGAUGUUAUACAACGUUUUCAACACUAUCCUGACAUGGUUCUCAUUGGCAUCCUACUGGCUUACCACCACCGUCAUUAUGGACUUGGUUGGUACUCCUAGUAAGAACAACGGCGACAGCGGUUUCCCAUUCGGCAAAACUGCGACCCCUAUCAUCAACACAAUCGUGAAAUACAUCUACCUCGGAUUUUUGCUGUUGCAGUUUAUUCUCGCUCUCGGAAACCGUCCCAAGGGCUCCCGUUUCUCUUACCUUACGUCUUUCGUCGUGUUCGGUAUCAUCCAGAUCUACGUUGUCAUUGAUGCGCUCUACCUGGUCGUUCGCGCGUUCAGUGGAAGUGAUCCCAUUGACUUCAACACCCAUGACGGUCUCGGGCCUUUCCUCAAAUCGUUCUUUUCGUCUUCCGGUGCCGGUAUCAUUAUCAUCGCCCUGGCUGCUACUUUCGGCCUCUACUUCGUCGCUUCGUUCAUGUACCUCGACCCUUGGCAUAUGUUCACCUCGUUCCCUGCCUACAUGUUCGUGCAGUCGUCUUACAUCAACGUUCUGAACGUGUACGCCUUCAGCAACUGGCACGAUGUCUCGUGGGGUACCAAGGGUGCCGACAAAGCUGAUGCUCUCCCGUCUGCCACGACUACGAAGGAGGAUGGCGGCAAGGAUGCAGUCAUAGAGGAAAUCGACAAGCCCCAGGCUGAUAUUGACAGUCAAUUCGAAGCCACCGUUAAGCGUGCUCUUACGCCUUACGUGCCCCCUGUGGAGAAGGAUGAAAAGUCCCUGGAUGAUUCCUACAAGAGUUUCCGUACUCGACUUGUGACCUUGUGGAUCUUCAGCAACGCCUUCCUGGCAGUUUGCAUUACCAGUGAUGGUGUCGACAAGUUUGGAUUCACGAACUCUGCCACCGACCGAACCUCCCGUUUCUUCCAGGCUCUGCUGUGGUCGAACGCUGCUGUCGCGCUUGUCCGUUUUAUUGGAGCCUGUUGGUUCCUGGGUAAGACGGGUCUCAUGUGCUGUUUCGCUCGUCGGUAAAGGAAGCAUGACUUGUAAUGAAAACUGGGUGUCUUGUUCCCCGCGUGGAUUGCAGGGGCUCGAGGAGUUAUUCUUUGGCACAUUUUUGUCGCAAUUUUGUAUUCUACAUACGAUCCGUUCUUUGUGUGUUUCGAUUCCUUUGACUGUUUUCUUUUCGCUGUCAUGGUUGGAUUAGGCGGUUGACACAGCCGCAGACAAUUAUGUUUUAUUAUAAAGUCUUAGCGGUUAGAAUAAAUACUAGGAUGCAUUGAUGGCGCG